GGCAUCAUUCAGAGGAGCACGCAACGCGCACGAUGCUGCCGCGACCAAACUCUCCGUUCACAGCGCGAAGCUGAUCAGUGUUUACGGUCAUGGGCGCCAUGUGGAAGACGUUAUUGCUAGCACAGUCGCUAGUAUGGCGGCAAGAGGGCUUCGCCCGAAGGCAGUGCGGGUGGUGUGUGGCCCGAGCAGCAACGCCGUGCCUGACCCCGCCACCCUCCUCGCUGCCCUGUCAGCAGCGCUUGGGAGCUCCGCUUCCAUGGUGCAGUUUUUGGAGCUGCAAGCUAGUCCACGCGCGCUGGACAACUCCCUUCGGGCUGUGUUAAAGGAGCAGUGGCAGGGGGUGCGCCGUAUGUGCCUGGGGCUUGCCCCAUCCACGCCUUUCCGGGCACCUGCGCCCUCACGGCCGCCCGGCAGCACACUACUGGGGGUCUCACAAAGAGCGGGUCUGGGUGAGCAGGACGCGCCCGCUGGCAGUGAGAGCAGCCCAACCCAACCGGCUUCCAGCAUAUCAGCAGCAGACGUCAGCGUUGGCGGCAACGCCGUGGGCGACGCGAUGCAGCUGUUGCUGCGUUCUGUGGGCACACUGCUGACAGACCUGGAACUCGUUCUGGAUCCACACUCUCAGCCGGAACUUUUGGACCCAAAUCUGGGACCCACGAUGCUCGCAGCGUGCCCCACGCUGCAGCGCCUUCGCCUCCAGCUGGGACCGCUCGUGGACAGCGGCCUCGUUGUCCGGCCACCGCCCUCGCUGUACCGCCCCUUGCCGGCAGCCGCCUCCGCGGCGGCGGCACUGCUCCGCAGCAUUGCCGGCCUUACGCACCUGCACUCCCUGGAGCUGGCGGGAAGCUGCUGGCCCCCUCUGUGGGCGGAGCUGGACGCGCCGGCCACCGGACUCGGCCUGGCGAGCAGCCUGCUGCCGAUCACGGCGCUGAGCCAUCUCACACGGCUGGUGCUGGGGCUGUCAGCGGACGCACAGGACAGCAGGCGCUGGCACGUGCGGUACGGCGGGUGCUGCCGGCAGCUGUUUGGGCCGCAGCCGGGGCCGCAGCCGGGGGCGCAGCCGCAGCAUGGUCCGGAGCACAGCGCUUCCGAGCUAGGGCCUGUGGAAGGAUCCAUGUUUGAAAGACUGUUGGAUCUAGACCUGGGCAUGGAUCUGGCGCUGACACUGCCCUGCAUCCCGUACGGUGCCACGGCGCUGACGCGGCUGUGCGUGGGCGAGCUAACGGCGGAGUGGGCGUCAGAGGCGCAGUGGGACAUCCUGCCGGAGCCGCCGCCUCCUCUUCCAGCGGACAUGUACGACAUGUACGGCGGCGGCAUGGCCCCGCCUGGCGCCGCCAUGCCCCGUGUGCGACUGCCGCCCAACUUGAGGGUCCUCAAGGUCCGCUUCAUGCCAGACGCGGCCAUUCUGGCGGCACUGGCGGCGCUGCCCUCCUUCCGCGAACUGGACGUGUGGGCGCUGGGGCACCCGCAGGGUGAACUGUGCCUGGACCUGGCGUGUGUGGGCCGCCCCGGCCCGCCCCAGCUGGCGCCGCCGCAAGGCCGCGCGGCUGCACCAGCGGCGGCUGCGACCGCAGUUGUUGGGGCUGGAGGAAUCGCAGUGGCAGCAGCAGCAGCGACGGGGCGGGAGCCGGCUGGGUUAUCGGCGGCGGCACGGCGGUUGGGCGACACGGUGGCAGCGGCCGCGGGCCUGCUGCUGCGGGUGCUGCGGCCCGACGACUGGAAGAGGCACCCGCUCACGUUGAGACCCUCGACGUUCUCCUUCACUCGCUGGCGCUACGACCGGCUGCAGUGGGAGGGGCCGCACGGCGACUAGCUGGCGGCGGGCCUGGCGCCGCUUGCACACCAGGUGCGGCGGCUGCAGCUCAAGCACAUGGUGUUGGAGGCGCGCGAUAUCAGCCUCAUCUGCGGGGCACUCCCCCACCUGCAGGAGCUCAAGGUUCUGGAUUGUAGCUGUGCCCGUGCCCGGGACCAUUCAGCCUGGCAACUGGUAGCGGCGGCGCACGGCGUGCGGUUGCAGACCGCCGGCCUGGAGACAGAUGACAUGUUUGACUCGGACACGGACAAUGACACGUGAGGCGGGAUGGUUUAGGCCAGCACCGGACAACAGCGCUGGCACAGGAUGAGCGGGUGAACAGCGGGAGGCUAAGGGCGGGGGGGGGGGGGCCAAGCGUGGCUCUGAGCGGUGGCCUUUUCGCUUCCCUGGGAUAAAUGCAUGCAUAUUGUUUGGCAGCAUGUAUGCAUCAAGUCGUUUCUAAUGGCCAACAGGGCACAAAUCAUUUUGGCGCGAGUGUCGAACUUACUGUACCGACAACCGACUGCAAUUGAGACUAUACCGUACGCAAAUACCUUCAUACAAUUGCGUCAAUCAGUGUGUAGGUUGCCGAGAAAGCAAAAAUUGGAAAUCGAAAUCCAG